CCAUAUGGCAUAUUUCCUAGUAGCCUGCUAGUUCCCCCAUGCCUUCAUAAGCUAUAUAUUGUUUUCCGGUUCAUUUUUAACGUGAAAACUAACAACCAAUCAAAAUACGCUUUUGUUUAUGACGUCAUGCUUAAUCAGCGUCCGUAAUAAAUAAGAACAUAUAAAAAGGGUAGCAUGUUUGCACCAUUCACAGUUGAUUUGAAGAUACAAAGGUUCUUGUAUCAUCGUUGGUAAAAGAUAGCAAGACAUUGAAACACAAGUUAGGAUGUUAUAAAGUGAAUAUUAAAAUUACCAGAAAAAAAAAUGAAAACGAAUAAAUCAAGCUUGGUUUAUUAUGCAUUGUUUAUCUGCAUGCUACCGAUGCUGUCAACUUCAUACGUUGAAAAGUUUAAAAAUAGCAAGCUUCCAUCAAACAAAAGAAACAUUUUACUUUACAGCAAACAUGGUCAUUAUUUGGCUAUCUAUCCUGGUGGAACAGUGAAUGCUACCAUUGACACGAACUCGACAAGCAUUGUUCUCGAGAUGCAGACCUUUGGAAGAUACUAUAAGAGAAUCAGAAGACCCGGCUCAUAUUACUUGGCGAUCAACAACCAGGGGGAAAUUGUUACGAGGAAAAAGCCAAGAAAAAACACACUUUUCAGAGAACAUUUUGAUGGUUCGUAUUUUUGGUACGAGAAUGAUGCCAACCAAUAUAUCUUGGCACUCAGAGCUAACUACAGAACAAAAAACAAAGUCAAAGCGACAAAUCACACAAGACCGAAGCACCAUAUUAAAAAAACACAAUUCCUGAUAGCACAUGUCCCGUAUAGAUUGCAAAAAUUGUCCGAGCAGAGGCAACGUCCAUGAGUUUCUACGGAGUAAAGAAUGUUGUGCAUGUAGUUAGUAGCAUUAGCGUGUGUUGAUAAAUGAUGGAACGACUUCCAACGUUGAUCAUCAAAACACUAAAUUACACGAUUUGUUUUAUCAGGACGCCAGUUGUUUGCUUGAGAUUCUAAGUUCUCAGCAUAGAUAGUAAUAAACGUUACAUAUUCUUCACAUUUUUCUUUAUUGUGAUCAAUUUUUGCAUAUAUGUUGGAUAUAAAAGAAAACAGAGAUAUGCUAUUACACUUUAAUGUUCUAUCAUAUAUAUUCUCCGGUACUUUUUUCCUUUUUUUUUCGUAAACACAAACACAAUUUCUGUCAGACAUCUCAGCCUUGAGAAAUACCUAUUAAUGUUAGUUUCACUUUUUAAAAAAUAUUUUUCUUGUAACAGAACGUCAUGUAGUAUUGUAAAAUGGCGAUGUCUUCCAUUUAUAAUGCCAGUAUUCACGAGUCUUCAAAUUUUUAUCUUCGUUGAUACCGCCUUUCAAGUUUCUAAAUCUGCGUUUGUAAAAAACAAAUCUGUAAACUUCAAAUUCAAUAUUGUAACACCAUCAUUAUCUUAUCCCGGUUAUUUCAUCAUUAUUUUCAUCCCUAAUAUCAUAAUUAUUAUAUUAUACGUAGUAUUUUUUUGUAAAUAUUAUAUAUGGCAGUGUUAGAAACUCGGUCCGUGAAAAUCUGUAUUUAUUUAUUGAAAAAAAAGCAUUUGGUAAUUCAUAA